AUGUUGAUUCAAGAAUCCUACCACGAUGUGCCUACCACGGCGGACGGCAGUGGGACCAUGCGUAUUUACGUCUAUCAUCCCACCAUUCCAGGAUAUCCCAAGGCACGGUUCCCGGGUGUGGUAGUUUUCAGUGAGAUCUAUCAAGUCACCGGCCCCGUGGCGCGCUUCGCCCGUCAAAUUGCCGGUCAGGGCUAUAUCUGCGCCGCCCCCUCUAGCUACCACGAAUUCACCGGUCCGGAAGCCCUUGAGUAUAAUGCCGAGGAUACUGACAAGGGAAAUGAGUGGAAGAUCAGCAAGAAAAUCGCCGCCUACGACGAAGACGCCUCUCUCUGUGUGGACUACCUCCUGUCACUGCCCACGUGCAAUGGACGUGUGGGCGCAACGGGAAUGUGCCUGGGUGGCCAUCUGGCAUAUCGGUGUGCGCUGGAUAGCCGGGUGAAGGCGGCAGUGUGCUAUUUUGCGACCGACAUCCAUAGCCACACGCUUGGGAAGGGUAAGAACGAUGACAGUCUGGCCCGCGCCGGAGAUAUCAAGGGAGAGUUGACUAUGGUG